AUGCUGCCUCGGUCGUUGUCGACCGUCCACUCGUUACGAGCAAUUUCUGCGCGGCUUAAGGUCCGGCACCUUGCUCCACAUCGACCCAACUCAUCAAUUGCAGGGGAUGUAGUCCUCACUCAGGACGCAAGUCUUGUUGAUGCAGUUGCAACCCAGAAACGGUCGAUACCGAUGGCCGACAUAUAUGCAGAUAUUGUCAUUCCUAUUCAUAAGCCGCGAGGUCCGGCCAGGUCGAACCAACGGACAGAGGGCCCAAACCUGAGUUGGCUGGCGCACGAUGAGUUCGACCCCGGAAAUGGUCUGGCCGGCCGUCUAGCGCGUCGCUCCCAAGCCAGUGACGGUGAACCUAAGACACAUUCACCACCGUCGCGCAAGAACGGACGUCCGAUGGUAUCUGCGAAUGGAAACAGUCAUGUAACUGCGGUGGAAGAGAGUCGUGCCAAUAGGGAGGGGAGUUCGAGAGGGGGGACACAGGUCAGCGACAGGCGGUCAAUGCGUCAAGCGGAUGGCGCCGAACGCGGACAGAGGCAACGACAAAACCGCGACCAAAGACAGGUAUCCCAGAAACGUCAACUCCGGGACCGACGAAGCCAGACACAAGGUCAAAAGAAAUCUCCGUCGUCUACUGACGUCGACCCUCAAAAAAACAUGACUGAAGAGUCCUCCGUGUCUCCAGCACCUUUGCCCAUGCACAUUCACACUACCGAUCUAAGCAAACUAUUUGGUCCUACUGACACCCUUACCUCGUCCAGUUUGACGCCAGCUCCCUCAUAUAGACCCACAUCAGUCUCAGCACAUUCUCGCCGUAUACAGUCCAUUCUAGACGGAUCUGGUGGCGACUAUUCACGCUAUCUCCCAGCAGACCUAGGGACUACGUUCCCGGAGAGUCUUGGCGCCCUUGGUUAUGCUAGACUGACGUUGGCACGCAGGAGGGAAUUAGGAUUGAGAAGCCGGGGAAUUGGACUUGGGAUCGUUCAGCGAAUGGUGAUCCAGAAGGUGGUGAAUGUGGACAUGAAGGUUGCUUCUACACUAUCCGCGUAG